UUUCUUGCCAGACAUCUCUUCAUUAUUAUUGGUGUCAUUUUAAGACUAAGCAGUAAUUUGCGCUUGAACGGAAAUGUAGUCAGAGAGACAGAUCGUGAGGCGGAAGUGAGGUUAGAGCAGCAGCAGUCUGCUCCGUCCAUGUUAUUAUUGUUAUUCUGGCUGUGUGAUGGUUCACAGCGGAGCGCACAGACGGCGGUCAGCCCGGGAUUUCUCCGGUUACCAGCACAGACACGAACGGCUAGCAGGCCACAUGUUACACCUGCGCAUCUGUCCCGCGAUAGUUUGAUUACAAACGCUGACAAAACGCGCCAACGUCGCUGUGCUCGCGUCGGACUGUCUUUAUUAUUGACACUGCAACAGACAUGAACGGCAUCACCAAGAGCAGAUUUGAGGUGUUCUCAAACAGCGAUGAGGCCCCAAUUAACAAAAAACUUCCCAAAGAGCUUCUGCUCAGGAUUUUUUCCUACCUGGAUGUAGUUACAUUGUGUAGGUGUGCUCAAGUAUCCAAGGCAUGGAAUGUUCUCGCUUUAGAUGGAAGCAACUGGCAGAAGAUUGAUCUCUUCAACUUUCAGACAGAUAUUGAGGGUCGUGUGGUGGAGAACAUCUCAAAGCGAUGUGGAGGGUUUUUGAGGCAGCUCAGUCUAAGGGGCUGCCUCAGUGUGGGUGAUGCCUCCAUGAAGACCUUUGCUCAGAACUGUCGCAACAUUGAACAUCUGAACCUCAAUGGCUGCACCAAGAUUACAGAUUCCACCUGCAUCAGCCUUAGCAAGUUCUGCUCCAAACUUCGUCACCUUGACCUGACCUCUUGCGUGUCCAUCACCAAUCAUGCACUUAAGGCCUUAAGUGAGGGCUCCCGAAUGUUGGAGAAUCUGAACCUGUCCUGGUGUGAUCAGAUCACGAGUGAUGGCAUCGAGUCUCUCAGCCGUGGCUGCACAGGCCUCAGAGCACUGUUCCUGAGAGGCUGCACACAGCUUGAUGAUGCUGCACUGAAGCACCUUCAAAAGCACUGUCCUGAGCUCAUGACAAUCAACAUGCAAUCCUGCACACAAAUCACAGACGAUGGCUUUGUGAGUUUGUGCCGGGGCUGUCACAAACUGCAGAUGGUUUGUGUGUCUGGCUGCAGCAACAUUACAGACGCCUCCCUGACCGCUCUCGGCCUCAACUGCCAACAGCUCAAGAUCCUGGAGGCGGCUCGCUGCUCACAUGUGACUGAUGCUGGUUUCACUGUUCUCGCCAGGAAUUGUCAUGAUUUGGAGAAGAUGGAUUUAGAGGAAUGUAUUUUGGUGACUGAUAACACUCUGGUUCAGCUCUCAAUCCACUGCCCUCGGCUGCAGGCGCUGAGUCUGUCUCACUGCGAGUUGAUAACAGAUGAUGGAAUCAGACACCUGAGCAGCAGUGUGUGUGGUCAUGAGCGUCUGCAGGUCGUGGAGUUGGACAACUGCCCCCUAAUCACAGACAUCACACUGGAGCAUCUAAAAAAUUGCCAGCAUCUGGAACGUAUUGAGCUCUAUGACUGCCAGCAGGUCACCCGCGCAGGCAUCAAACGCAUUCGGGCUCACCUUCCUGACAUCAAAGUCCAUGCCUACUUUGCCCCAGUCACACCCCCUCCUUCAGUGCAUGGAGGUGGCCAGCGUCUCUGUCGAUGCUGUGUCAUACUCUGACAGAAGGAGGAGACUUUGAGAGAUGUCAUAGAACAUCAAGCUGUCAGUCAACCUCUAAGCUCUGCCCUGCCCCAACUUCACACCACUAUGAGACUCUGUGUGGGGUUGUGGCUAUGGGAGGCAUGGCUUGUUCGCUGAGUGGUUGCCUGGCAGGAGGAUGGACCUGAACAAGUUACGCAAAAUAAAUACAAUGCAACAUGACAUAUAAAUGCUACAUACGUACAAUACAAUCUCCUGGAUAUACAAGAAAACCAAGGAGCUACCAUGUAAGAUAUUACAUAUUUGGAUAUAUAGGAAACAAAUCUGAGGAAGAACAUUUUGGAACUACUGAAUAUUGAUUGAGGCAUGUUUAAUGCCAUUAUGACAACUACCCAGUGUUUACGUCCUGCUCCUCUUCCUCAACCAAUAGGAAUGCAUUUUCUCAUGAUGAGAACCAAUAGAAAAACAGAAAACGAUUGGCAGGAUGCAAAUCUUCUUUGGAGUACUGUAGGAUACUCCUCCCGCUCUUUGAUCAUGUGACUUUCUCAAACCUGGGAGCAGGAAGUUUGAGCGUUUUGUCUGGUGUGUGUGAAUGUUUAAAUAUAGAAAACAAAAUAUAACACUACAUCAAAUUCAACCCAUAUUAAAACUGAGAUAGAAUGUUUUUUACUUUCUGUUAGUGCUCACCCUCAUUUUGAGAGGGGGGAAAAAAUAUUUGCAAUUGAAAUAAUGUGAGCAGGUGAGGGGAAGAGAGAUCAGGAAGGACUGAGGUUGUGCAUGCCAGAAAAGGUUCGCUCCAGUCCGGCGUUAAUUUAACCUCAUAAUUGAUGUGAAUGUUCAAAUUUAGACUUCAUGUGCUAAGGGUGGGGGUCUCAUGUGGGAUAGAUUAACAUUUGACAUUCACAGUGUUUUAGUGCAAUAUUGAAAGCGCAGGCAUAUGUAAUUGUGGUAUGUGACAGGAUUCAAAACACUCCUUAUUCAGGCAUUUCCUAGGCAACAGUCUCAAUAGUAUUCUCAUGGCAAUGUCCCUGGUUCUACAAAGAAGCCCCUGUAUCCUUAUUCCUUUAUAUUCACUGCCAAUUACAUGUCAUCAACUUGUAGAUGUGAUCUCAUCAUAAUGUUACACAAAAAUCAACAAUAGGAAUAAGAUUUAAGGAUAGUUCUUCCAAAAAAAAAAAAAAAUUCUCUCAUCAUUUAUUCACCCUCAUCCCUUUCUUUCUUUUGUUGAACACAAAAUAUUUUUAGAAGAAUUUUUCAACUCCAAAACUUUGAAGCUCCAAAAUGCGCAUGAAGGCAGCAUAAAAGUAGUCCAUAAGACUUCACUGGUUAAAUAUAUAUCUUCAGAAGCUAUAUGAUAGGUGUGGUUGAGAAACAGAACGUAGUCAUUUUUUUACAUAACUUCUGCUUGCCCAGUAGGUGGUGAUAUGCACGAGGAAUGUGAAUCGCCAAAAACAAAAGACGACUGUGAAAGUGAUAUUGAUUUGUUUCUCAUUCACACUUAUCAUAUCAUUUUAGAAGAUAUGGAUUAAACCACUGGAGUUUAUAGAUUACGUCUAUGAUGCCUUUCUUUGCUUUUAGAAUUUAAAAGUUCAGGUCACCAUUCACUUGCAUUGUAUAGAACAACAGAGCUGUGAUGACAGAAUUUUCAUUUUUGGGUGAACUAUCCCUUUAAGGUGAAAAUCGCGAGAACCAAAAAAAAAACCUAAUCAGUACAAUCAUGAGAUGAUUUAAAAUGUACCAUCUGAGGAAUAAAACCAAUGUUCAACAAGGUUUAAAAGGAUUCAUUCACCAAAAUAAAAUGAAAGUUCUGUCAUAAUUUACUCACCCACAUAUUGUUCCAAACCAACUUUUUUUGUCUUCUGUGGAACACAAAAGGAGAUUUUAGGCAGAAUUUUAGGGACUGGCAUCUUAUGUCACCAUGCACUCUCAUUGCAUGUUUUUCUUUAUACUGUGAAAGUAAAUGGUAUCUGAGGUUGUGUUUUACAGAAGAAAGUCAGAUGGCUUUGGAAUGGCUUGAGGUUGAGUAAAUUAUGACAUUUACUCACUUAUGGUUCAUUUUUCAGUUAACUAAUACAAAAGGCCUAAUGGAGCAUAAUUCUUUAAAUACAUGUUGAGUCAUGCUGAUGACAACAGCUGCUGGGUGGAUCAUCUAAUAAUCAAUGGAAAUGUAUUUUCAGUGUGAGUGCCUUUUGAUUUUGCAAUUGGGGGAGGGGUGGAAUUACAGCCACAGAAAUGCUUGACUCAGGGCUGCAGUGUAGUUUUUCACAUUUCUUUCAUCUUGUAUUCUCUCUUCAGUUGGUUUUUACCAUUAGAUCUGAUCAUGAUGAAGUACUACAUCAUUUACUGUCAAUGCAUACACCAGUGAUUCCAGAUCCUUUAUCUCCACCAUGCCGCUUCAGAAGGCAAUACUAAACCUGUCACUUCAAGUGAAUAUUGUUUAGAAUUGUUCUGUAACAGCUAAUCGGCUCCCCUCCUUCUCUCCCAUAUUUUUGACAAAGAUUAAGUUACCUGAAUGUCCUUGUGUUCUGGUUGUUAAUGUGACAUUUCUUCAAAUAAAAGAUCUGAGCAGUGUGUCACAUUCCAGA